GUUACGACAUCUCUACCGUAGUUUAUUCAAUUUCAUAUAGUUUAACCUCGCGACGGUCGAUAUUAUCGGAAUGACGUGUGUCUAGAAGCCGAGUUACCGGUAACUGUGGAGUGCGGAUACCAGAGCACCACGGCCGCGUGGCCACUAGACUUCGAGCCAGUGGUAGCCUGGGGACGGAAGCUCUAUCCGCCCCCGAGGACCAUGUUCGGCCUUCACCACCAUCACCAGGAGCCCGCGGGUCUGCACCACCACCAUCACCACCACCAUCAACCCCGGGGCCCCGUCACGGGCCUCAAGGAGGAACCUCUCACCUCCAGUCAACUGGCGGCCGCUCGGGCAUGGAUGCAACCGGGAGUCGUCGAGCAGACCAGCACGGGGGUUGGGCGGGCGCACUUCGAGAAGCAACCUCCCAGCAACCUCCGCAAGUCUAACUUCUUCCACUUCGUCAUCGCCUUGUACGACCGGGCCGGACAGCCUAUAGAGAUAGAGAGGACGGCCUUCAUCGGGUUCAUCGAGAAGGAUCAGGAAGCUGAAGCUCAAAAGACGAACAAUGGUAUCCACUACAGGCUUCAGCUGCUUUAUGCGAGUGGUGCCCGCCAGGAGCAGGACAUCUUUGUCAGGCUCAUCGACUCUGUCACCAAACAGGCGAUAAUCUAUGAAGGCCAGGACAAGAACCCGGAAAUGUGCAGAGUCCUUCUCACCCACGAGGUCAUGUGCAGUCGGUGUUGUGACAAGAAGAGUUGUGGCAAUAGGAACGAAACCCCCUCAGACCCAGUCAUCAUCGAUAGGUGA